AUUUAAGUCUCAAAGUUUUGACACAUUUACAUCCUCCCACCCUUUCUUUUUCUGUAUAGAGUCUAAUCAGUGUGUUUCAUGUUACAACCUGACCUACAACUUCACAAAAGAGAUUUUAGAUUGACGUGAUACAAAUAGCAGGACAGUACAAGACAUACAAAAGCUGAAACGAGGUGGGGCUGUAUGGCUAGCAUUUAAGUAGCUGCCAGUCUUGACACUACAUCAGUUGGUCAAACUAGCUGAUAAUUCUGACGACCUUCCCUGUUGCAGACAUCAUGCAAGCUAUCAUAUUCAUUUGUCUUCUGGGGUUAGUUAGUUCCCAAUAUGAAUGGUCGAUUCCUUCAGAAACUGAAGAAGAAAGUAGCCGAGAGGAGGCAUGUGUGACCGACAAGGCUACAUGUGGAUGCUGCAUGAUGCAGCAACAGAUACACAGGAUGAAGACGUUCUUCAACAUGAGCCUCAACCAGCUGGAGAUGGAAUUAGAAAGAACAAAAAACAUCCUCAACAAUAUUAGAGCGAGCCGCAGUGCCUUCUCUGUUGCUCUAACUAACAGUGACUCUAUGAGCUGUUUUGGACCAUUUCGUGAUGACACGCUCAUCACCUAUAAGCAUAUUUUCAUCAAUUUGGGAAUGGGUUACAAUGCAAACACUGGAAUCUUCACUGUUCCUCGUGAUGGCGUAUACAGCCUUGCCCUGACUGUCUACAGCGAUGCCGGUUCCCCCGGUAACAGCCUGGCUGCUUGCGGCAGUCUGCAAGUCAAUGGUCAAGUGGUGGCAGGCCCAAAAGAUAAAAAUAAGCAAGACCAAGAAGAUAGUGCUUCAAUUGUUGUGGCCCUCCAUCUGACGGCUGGUGACAAGGUGGCCGUUAAUCUACCCAUCGGGUGCUUCCUUUGUGAUGACAAAAGUCACUACAAUACUUUUACUGGCAUUCUUCUAUAUUCGACUGACUAAGCUAACAAAUGUCCUCAUCACCAAAAUAAAGGUGGUCUUUACUGUCAUCUAUUAUUGCAUGUAACAUUGAAAAAUGUUUAAAAUGCUUCACUACUUUCCAUGUCCUAACUUAAA